GGGAGUUCUGUUGCUCUAGAGAACCCUGUCAAAUGCACUAACCAACACUCUUUCUGUUCAGGGAAGAAGGAAAUUCUGCCUCUCACUGCAACAUGAGCAGGGAAUCAGAAAGCCGAGACCCAAACCCUUCGCAGCCACGUGCAGAAAGACAGACCAGCUUAGAAAGGACAUCAGACGAGGAGAUACAACCGAGAGGAAACGGAGAGGAGGAACUGGCUUCCCAUUGCAGGGUGAACUGUGAAGAGAGCACAGGUAUGGGGCAUUCCCAAGAGGCAGAGGCAGGGGGAGGGCAGGAUCACAGCCACAGAUUGGACAGGAUUUACACGGAUUGGUAGGAAGUCGAGUGGCGGUGCUGGGGAGGGUUGGCGGUUCGGGGAGACAACCACUGGACAGUGCUCAUCUCAAGCAGAUUUGGAUAAGUCCCUAUGUCUUGGUAGCGGCAGAAAAUUCUGAGUUCUCGGGAGGAAUUCCAUACCUGGUGGGUCAGUCACAGAUGAGGGGAGUGUUUGAGACAAGGCAGCCUGUCACCUACAGUCUCUCCGGCUUUAGAUUGAGAGCCAAAUGAAAGUGAGGGUGCAGUCCAGUGAAUCAGAGAGCAGGAUAAUGAAUGGUCAGGAAGGCUCUGACUCUGCUAGGGUGAGGAUGGCCAUGGGUGAGCUCAGAGAUCUUGCCUGGCCCCAAGAGCUCUUAGGCUUCCAGGUACUUAGACUUGCUGGCUCUGGGCAGCCAAUUUUUGGGGUCGUGCUCAGCUUCUUGUGUGUCCAGCUUCUGUUUGGGGUGUGUAGCUGAAAGCUUUCCCUGACACUCCCCUAAUCCACACAUUCAAUUUUCAGCUCCCAAGAUGGAAAACCCAAGGAAGAGAAAACACAGUUCCAAGGACUCCGGGAAGGUCGGAAGGGGGAAUGAGGAGGCCUCCCCCUCGGAAAAGAGACAGAAGACCACAGCCAAGGAGGCCAAGCCAAAAGCCAGUGGCCACCCAGAAUUAGCCUGCCCAGAAGUUCAGCACACAGGACCACCACCACUUCGAAAGAGUCUGGUGCUCUUCCUUCGGGAUACGUCGGAGGCGGUUUACAGAGACAUAGUCCAGUUGCAGGCCCAGCAGCAGCAUUUCCCGCUACCUCAGGAGAAGCUCUCUCAGCUCACAGAAGUGUCGGGCUCUCUGACUGCCAUGAUUCAGACCUUCUACAGCAUGGCCACCCAGGCUGCCUAUGCCUUCCCUGCUCAGGGCUGGCUUGUCCCACCCCAAGUAUCUCACCCCGAGAGGCCGGCUGGGAGUGAAUCACAGAGUUCUUCAGUGGACGCAGGAGAGAAGAUCACACAUCUUGACAGCCCAUCGGACAAGUCCUCACACUAGGACAAGAGACCCUCCUAAGCAGAGGGGACACUGCUGGGACAACAAAGGACCGCUUCAACUGCCUGUGUACCACGGCCUGGACCUUGCACACACUGUGUACACACUAACAAACAGUGGUGACAAGAGGAACUGCAAUUUUUACUC